GGAGGUGUAUACAUUGAAACACACUUGUCAGCGGUCGGUCGUGAAAGCGAUUGUUGGCGGGGUGGAUUGUUGUGAUGAUCUGCUUGAUUACACGUGUACAAUGUUCAAUUUUUUACGAUGUCUGGUUUUCGGAAUGCUCCUUAGCAUCGCGAAUACCAACACCGCUCAACCAUGGUACCAAACCUUACCCGCGGUGGCCUUAGAUUAUAAAGUUCAUAUCGAUGCCGGAAAAGAAGAUUGUUACUUUCAAUAUGUUAAUGCUGGCGCUACUUUCUACGUAAAUUUCCAGGUGGUGCGUGGUGGAGAUGGGAAAGCUGGUUUUGUAGUAAGAAAUCCGGAGGGAUUAAUAGUUCACAUGUAUCAGUGGCUCCCUAAUUCGGAUUAUCAGGAAAUUGUGAAAAAUGCCGGUUACUAUUGUAUUUGUAUAAACAAUCAAUUUUCUAGAUUUGCCUCAAAAUUAGUUAAUUUAUACAUUACAGUAAUCAGAUACGAUGAAUGGAAUAACUAUUCGAGGGAAUUGGAGGAACUAAAUCUUUCUGUGGAAAACUUUACAACUGCAAUAAUUAAUGUGGAGAGAAACAUCAAUGAAAUGCUCCAGACUCAGCAUUUGAGUAGAAGUAAAGAAGCACGAGAUUUGAAUUUGUUAUUGGAUAAUAAUUUUUAUGUUCAAACAUGGUCUAUUGCACAAAUAAUUGCAAUAAUGGUAACAACUACGAUACAAGUGUAUUUUGUGAGAAAAUUAUUUGAGGUGAAACCAUCUAGAUAUUCUAGAGCACGUAUAUAAGUAUGAUUUAAAUAUAUUGUGAAAUAUCAUAUGUGAAGCAUCGCGAAAUGCUUGGCGAAAAAAUCUACGCUUUUGAAUAUUCGGUGGUAAAGAAUGCGGACAAAU